AAAUUUUCGAAUUAUGCGACAUUAUUUGUAGAAAAAAUAGUACAUACUACGAGCUGAAGUAACUAAAUCAAUACCUCUACUUUUAAUUGAAAUCCAGUAUCUAGUUGAUCAAGAUUCCAUGCUAAGACUCGUUUAUUAUGCAUCUUCCACGUAUGUUAGCUACAAAGCGCUUCCUCUUGCUCUUGUUAUUGUUACUAAAGGUUUUUCAAGUACUGCAUUCAGAAGAGAGUUUACCAUUAUUAGUAAUGGAUCCCUACUGGAAGCAAGCUGCGCAUUCUGGGCUAAGCAAUGUCUGCUGUUGUCUGCGGACUCUAAAGUCGGUCAUCUUAAUCAAACAACGCUGGAUCCUAUGGUUGCCCUAGGGCAUCUCAUUACUAGCCAUCAUCCUGCCUAAUGCCAUCAUAAUACAAAGCUAAUCCAACUCUUAUGAUGCUAUGCUCCAUUGCAAGGGAAUUUUGGUCAAAGAAGACAGUACAAGGAGUGAAAGA